AUGCCUCCCAAGGUAUCCAAGUCAAGCAGUCUAAAGACUUUGCGGGUUAAAUUGUCGGAAACUAUUACGGAUUUUGAAGAUAUAAGAAAGUUUAUCUCAAUUAUCGGAGAAACUACCACGUGCAGUCAGGUUAAGGUGAGACUGGAAAGGCUUGACGAUUUGUGGGAGAGAUUUAGCGAUACGAUUAUCGAAGUGAAAACUCAUGAAGAUUUUGUUGCGGAAGAUUUUAACUUUUCUAAGGAACGCCAAGAUGUUAGCGAUUUUUACUAUGAGGCCAAGGCUGUGUUGAUGGAUAAGCUUAAAGAGCUGCAGGAGCCUUUUGUCGAUAGUGUUGAUCGCUUGAAUGAUUCGGCUGCCCAUCAUACACUAGAUCAUGUUCGGUUACCACAAAUAAAAUUGCAGACAUUUAGCGGAAACAUUGAUGAAUGGAUGAGCUUUCAUGUAGAGAAGUUUCAUUAUCUGAAGGGCUGUCUGCAAGGUGAGCCAAAGAGUUUGGUCGAUUCUCUACAAAUUACCCGAGCAAAUUAUCAGGUGGCUUGGGAUCUUUUGGUCAAGCGUUACAAUAAUAGUAAGUUGUUGAAGAAGAAACAAAUUCAAGCUUUAUUUAGGCUUCCUCAACUUACAAAAGAAUCCCCAUCGGAAUUGCACAGUUUGGUUGAAGAUUUUCAAAAAGCGGUUCAAAUUUUAGAUCAGGCAGUCCAAUCUGCUGAUUACAAGGAUUUGCUGUUGAUACAUUUGCUAACGAGUAGUUUAGAUCCAGUUACUCGUCGCAGUUGGGAAGAACACUCGGCAUCUGAGGAACAAGAGACAAUUUCCCAGCUUAUGGAUUUUCUUCAGAAAAGGGUCACUGUUUUGGAGUCUUUACCGGUUAAAUCUGCAGAUACUAAAUUCGCUCAGCAGCAUCCUUCGAAGUUUCGGUUACCAUUUGGACGUCAUCACACCUUGGUUUGCUUUCGAGAUGGUAAAGGAAAUAUUGCAAGCACAAGUAGCUCAAAUUAUCGGAACCACGGAAAUUCGGUAAAUUCGGCAAGCAUAGAGUCAGAUGAGUCAGUGAACGUCACGUCAGUGUCGGCGUCAGGUGUGGAGCGUCCGUCUACGGUUUUACUAGCUACGGCGGUGGUUUGGUUGGAAGAUGAAUAUGGUCGGAAGGUUCCGGCAAGAGCACUUCUCGAUUCCGGGUCGGAAUGCAAUUUUGCCACGGAAAGAUUGAGUCAGCUUAUCAAGGCAAGUCGGAAAAAGGUGUCGGUUACUGUGCAAGGAAUUGGUCAAUCAAAUGCACAGGUGAAGCAACAAAUUCGAGCAAAAUUACGGUCGAGAGUGUCAGACUUUUCUCUAACGACGGAUUUUCUAGUUUUGCCUAAGGUUACUGCAAACUUACCAACGCAAUCGGUUGAUAUUUCGGGCUGGAGAAUGCCCCAGGAAAUAACUUUGGCAGACCCAGCAUUUUUCACAUGCAGAUCAGUAGACCUUGUGUUGGGCAUUGAAUCAUUUUUCUCGUUCUUCAAAUCAGGUCAGGAAAUUUCUCUGGGCAACAACCUCCCAACACUGAUUGAGUCUGUUUUUGGAUGGGUGAUUUGCGGUGGUCAAUCUCUAUCAAGCAAAGGUGACCAAAUCACCUGUAAUGUGUCAGUUUCGGAAACUAUAGAGGACAUGGUUUCACGUUUUUGGUUGAGCGAGGAAAUCGAUGUUGGUCCCAGUUUUUCGCCUGAAGAAGCACGCUGUGAAGAGAUUUUUAAAAAAGACGUUCAACGUUCUGAAGAUGGUCGGUAUAUUGUCAGUUUACCAAAGAAUGAGUCUGUCAUUCAGCGUUUGGGUGAAUCGAAGAGAAUCGCGAUCGACCGUCUCAAGGGUACAGAGCGCAGGUUAGCUCGGAAUCCUGUUUUAUAUGAAGAAUAUCAUAAAUUUAUGAAUGAGUACAUACAGUUGGGUCAUAUGCGAAAGGUUGAGGAAACGGAUGCCAAAAAGCGGUGCUUUCUCCCACAUCACCCAGUUCUGAAAGAGGCCAGCACAACGACUAAAGUUCGUGUUGUCUUCGACGCAAGUUGCAAAACUUCUUCAGGCGUUUCUUUGAAUGAGGCUUUGCUGCUGGGUCCGACAAUUCAACAAGAUCUUCGCUCCAUUAUUUUGCGCAGUCGGACAAGACAAAUCAUGAUCGUUUCAGACGUCGAAAAAAUGUUUCGGCAAGUUUAUGUCAGGCAGGAAGAUCGGCCUCUACAAUGCAUUCUUUGGAGAGGUUCUCCAGAAGAGGAAAUAAACGUCUACGAAAUGAAUACGGUCACAUAUGGUACGAAGCCAGCUCCAUUCUUAGCAACUAGGGCCCUGAAACAAUUAGCCAUUGAUGAAAGAGAAAACUACUCAAAGGCAGCACAGGUACUGCUGAACGAUGUCUAUAUGGAUGACGUCAUAACCGGAGCAGACACAACGGAAGAAGCGAUUAUUUUGCGUCAGGAACUCGACUCCAUCAUGAAUGCGGGUGGAUUUUUACUUCGGAAAUGGGCUUCGAAAAGUCCUGAAGUGUUGAAAGGAGUUUCACAGCAAAACUUAGCGAUCAAGGAAUCAGACGAAAUCCUGUUGGACCCAGACCCGUCAGUUACUACGCUUGGUUUAGUUUGGAGACCAAAGUCAGACGUUUUGAAACUCAAAUUUCAAAUUCCACGGUUAGAGUUGACGGAACAGUUAACGAAAAGAAAAAUCUUGUCAGUUAUAGCGUCUUUGUUUGACCCACUGGGCCUGGUUGGAGCUGCCAUCACGACAGCAAAAAUUUUCUUACAAUUACUUUGGACCUACGAAGACAGUAAUGGUAAAAAAUUGGAUUGGGAUUCUCCUCUAUCUAAAACGGUGGGUGAGUAA